AUGUCGGGCUAUCCACUCCUAGAGAUCGAAUCUCAAGUCACGCGGCAAGAUGAGAGUACUUUCACGGUCAAUCUCGCAGAGUCCUUCGCUGUCGGAACAGUCCCUCAUGGAGGCUAUAUCUCUGCAAUGUUCAUUCGCGCCGCAAGCCAAUAUCUCGGAUCCGAUCAACCCGACACCUUUGCUGCGCAUUGGCAUUUCCUAAAUGCAACACACCUCGGUCCAGCUGUUCUUAUAGUUGAAGAAGUCCGAAGAGGCCGCGCUCUAUCAAUCGUCCACGUAGCACUGUACCAAGAAGGACUCCUUUCACAAAGUCCCUGGAUAACUUCACAAUCUAAGAAGAAAAUCGCGGCUUAUGUCACGAAUAAUCGCAUUGAGGCUGAGAAUGGUCUUACUUUACCCACAGGCUUUGAACUCCGCGAGCCUCCUCCUCCAGUGGAUUUGACCAAACUCGCAGAAGACAACGACCCAAACUGGGAGAGAUUACAUAUGAUAGUCAUGGACAUGGCACCAAUGAUGCGACACGUCGAAUUCUACAGUCCCAAGAAUAAGAAAACAUCACCAGCAUGUUGGGAUCUCUGGCUCCGCAUGUCCAACGGCGAGCGCUGGAAGACAUGGAUGCUGAGCUAUCUCGCCGACGUAGCUCCCGCGCUGAUAAUCGAGGGCCACAGACCUACAGAUAUUGAAGCGCCGACUCCUAAAGAUCGGUUCGCGUUUGAUAAGAUAUUCUGGAUGCCGACUGUGUCGUUGAGUUUGGAUGUCAAAAAGGCUUUGCCGGAGGAGGGAGUGGAGUGGUUGAGAAUUAGGAUUGAGGCGAAGGUUGUUAAGAAUGGGAGAUAUGAUGCUGAGAUUAUUGCUUUUGAUGGCAAGGGGGAUGUUGUUUCUUUGAGUAAUAUUGUCGCGUUGAUAUUGGAUGUCGAGAGGAAUACGGGACGAGAAGUGAAGCUUUAA